UAAUUUCAUGGUUCGAUCCUUGGGUUGAGUUGUAAACAAAACCCGAAUCCCUCUUGUUCUCCUCCUCAGCCCCAGGGUCCAAGAAUUAGGGUUUUACAUUUUACCCCCCUUUUUCAAAUUUCAAUUCACUCGCAAUUCAUGCACACAAAAUCACAUUGAGGCCUUCAUUAUCAUCGUCUUCAUCAAUCUACCAAAAUGUCAUUCUCCUUCACUCCGCCGCAACAGCAGCAACAACAAACUUCAUCACUCUUUCAACCACAACAACAACAACAAUCGCCGUUUCAACAGCCCUCUCCGUUCAAUUUUCAACAGCCUCAACAACAACAACAGCAACAGCAGCAGCAAUUUCAGCAAAAUCAGCUCUUUUUGUUUACGAACGAUAAGGCUCCGGCUAGUUACGGCACGAAGUGGGCUGACCUCCAUCCUGAUUCUCAGAAAUUUCUCCUCCAAAUUGAGGAGAGAAUCUUGGAGUACAGAGACGAGAGUCAGCGGUUGGACCAGUGUAGUAGACUUUAUGAUUCUUCGGUUUCUAAUGACGUGUUUGAGCAUGAUGCUAGCGUUGUUGUUCAGGAACUUGGUGGAAUCAGUACAGCAAUGGAACGACAGAAAGCUGUUUUACAAGAGCUAAUGGUUGUUGUGAAAGAUAUGUUACGCAACACAGAGGUGGCUGUUCGUUCUUUUAUGAUGUUGCGUCCAAGGUUUAUUCACUCCAGUGGAGGUGCUACCACAAAUGCCACAUCAUCAUCUCAGUAUACUGGGGCAAUAACUCCAAGUGCAAGUGGUCAACCAGCAGGAACACCAAUGAUGCCUGUUUAUGAUUUCUAUAGUGGACUCCCCAAGAAACCAUCUCCCUUUCUGCAGCAAACUAUUGCAACAUUUGAGAAGUAUAUUGGAGAGUCUCGCCAGUGGAUUGAAGAGUUAGAACAAUUAUUACGUUUAGAUUCUGAGAAGAACUCUCUGAACUCUAGCUCUUCAUUAUUGCAGUCCCUUCCCAAAGUCAUGUCAAAUGUCCACGACUUUUUUGUUCAUGUAGCGGCAAAGGUUGAAAGCAUACAUCAAUACAUGGAGUCGAUGAAAACUGCAUAUCUUGCUGACCACCGGCGCCGGGGCCAUGUAAAUGAUCCUUUUCUUGAGGCUGAUAGAAGGGAGACUGCCAAACAAGAAGCUGCUGCUCGCAGAGUUCACCCAACGCAGCAUUUGCCAACAAAUCCACAACCGUCAACUCAGGUUGCUGGUUUGUUUGCCAGCUCAGCAGCUCCUGGAACAUCUGCUGCACCUCAAACAUCUGCAGGCCUUUCUUCUGCACCAUCUGGGAGUGGGACCACGCUUUUUAAUACUCCAGCUGCUUCCAUACCUGCAUCUUCCCUGUUCUCAACUCCUGUCACAACUACUCCAGUGUCCUUAUUCGGAUCAUCUGCUUCACCUCAAACAUCACUUUUUAGUUCCUUCUCUACUUCGACACCUUCCUUCACUAAUACUGCUCCUUUGUUUAACUCAACUCCUGCUGCUGGAAUGUCUUCAUUUUCAACACCAUUUGCUUCAGGACCUGCUACAGGAUCUGGGGCGAGUUUUAAUACUGCAUCUGUGAGUAGAUCUAACUCUGUGCCUUAACCUAUUCUGUCUUUUGUCUUAACUGCGGACGUGUAGAAAUCAAGAGCUAAAACUCGCACUGGGCGACGCUAGUGGCUAAUUCUCGGUUGCAUGAAAGUUGACAUGCCCGACUUUGCCCAUUUGUUAUUGGCAUGUGAAUGAAUCUGCAUUGGAUGAACUGCAGUAUUCACAUGUAAUGCUCAUUCCUUGAAUGCUCUAACCUAAUCUCACUGGUGAUUGAACUUGUGUAUCAAUUGUUCUCGUCUCUUAGUUUCAGUUUUCUCACACCCUCUAGGCUUUUUCUAGAGAUGACUGAAAACACUGUAAAGGUCUAGGCUUUUUCUAGCUGAGUAAUGAUAAAAUAAUUUCUACUUUACGACAUUAGAAGAUUUUGUAAUGGUUUGGAUUUUGUAUUUUUGUUGUAUAAGCAAGUUCGAUUGGGUUUGUACCAGAUGAAAUAUAGUUCAUUGCUGGUU